AUGAGAAGACAAACUCGUUUGAUGAGUUCAUCACCUUAUUCAAAGUCGGUUUCAAUUGAGAAAUCGAGCAACAUGAGAAGAGAAACUAGGUCGAUGAGUUUAUCUCCUCAUUCAACCCCGAUUUUAGUUGAGAAAUCGAUUGAUGAACAAAAUAUGCGAAGAAAAAAUCGUUCCGACAGUGUUAAAAUGUUAGAAUCUCGAAAGGAUAUUGUUGGACAAUCUGAGAAAAAGAAGAGCAAGAGGGUUAUAAUGGAUGCUGAUCAAGGUAAGAGAAAACGUGUCGUGGAGGAAGAAGUGCAUUUGGGUGUCAAACAAAAAAAAACAAGGUUCAGAAGGCAGAAAAAGUUAAAAUUCCUAACAAAGUUUGUAAGCCUUGGAAGCUCUAUAUUCCAGUUGGUGAGCCGUUUCCUGUUACUCAUUGGUCAUCAUACACUAAUGUGGAUAUUGUAUCGGUUUUACAGUCAAAGUUGACUGAUGUCCAGCUUCGGAUGUUUAGGGAAAGCUGUUUUGGCUAUUUCCUUGAUUUACCUCGAGUUGCUAUCCAGGCACAACUUAUUCGUUCUUUAAUGUUUAGGGAGUUAGUUCAAGAUAAGAUCAAUUUUAUGUGAAACUGAAUGACGAAUGUGUUUUACGUUUUGUUCUUCGAGAAUUUGGUACUGUAAGUGGUUUAAACUAUUGUGGUAAUGAACAUGUUGAGGGUAAAUUCAGUGGACCCAAUAGGUUGGUGGAUACUUAUUUUUCUGGUUUUGAAGUGGUGUCAAAGAAGUAACUUAUUGAUUGUUUUGAGAAGAAGAAAUGACAAUCUGAUGAAGACGCAAUUAGUAUUGCAAUCAUUUAUUUCAUGAACACAUUUCUAAUGUCCACUCAGGCUCAGAAGACAUUUAUAAGUAAACGUGAUUUCCAUCUUGUCGAG